UUUCCCGUUUUCCUCCAUUCCGAGCAGAGCACCAUGCAGAUCUUUGUCAAGACCCUCACCGGCAAGACCAUCACGCUCGACGUGGAACCUUCCGACUCGAUUGACAACGUGAAGCAAAAGAUUCAAGACAAGGAAGGCAUUCCCCCUGACCAGCAGCGUUUGAUCUUUGCUGGCAAGCAGUUGGAAGACGGCCGCACGCUCAGCGACUACAACAUCCAAAAGGAGUCCACCCUCCACUUGGUGCUCCGUCUGCGUGGUGGCAUGCAAAUCUUCGUGAAGACGUUGACGGGAAAGACCAUCACGCUCGACGUGGAACCUUCCGACUCGAUUGACAACGUGAAGCAAAAGAUUCAAGACAAGGAAGGCAUUCCCCCUGACCAGCAGCGUUUGAUCUUUGCUGGCAAGCAGUUGGAAGACGGCCGCACGCUCAGCGACUACAACAUCCAAAAGGAGUCCACCCUCCAUUUGGUCCUUCGCCUUCGCGGAGGUUGCUAA